UUAUUUUUUUUCAGCCAAAUGACUUCUUUAUAAGGGCCUGGAAAAAAUACACAUUCUUCAAAGAGCUAUUGCUUCAGUUUCAAAAUGUGAGGAAGGGGGGAGAUCAAGCACAAGAUGUAUGUGGGGGUCAGUGGGAGCAUAAGAAACCUCAAAAAAAAUCCAUCCAGCCUUUUUAUUUCUCUUUCGAAGAGAUGAGAGCAGAGUGGGACUAGACCCAGUUUUGCCACAGGUUUGGGAAUAAUGAUUUUUGUUGAAAGAGAUGGGUACAGGUUAUUACUCUCAAGGAUCCUAGGUGUGGACUUCAGGAGUGGAUGCUUGGGAAAGCAAGGGAAUGGGAGUAUGCAAGGCAAAGGAGGCAGGGGAGCAGGGCAAGAGGUAAAACGUGUGAGAACAGAGUAAUACAUAAAGGGACUGCUCGGUAUAAAGAGCUUGAGACCUUGGGAGUCUCACCUUGUGCUGCUUUCUUGACAAAGCUUGUUUCUUAACAGCCCUUCCACAUUCAUAGUCUACUCAAAACUGGCUGUGAAAAUUACAGAAACUCUAUCUGCUGUUAUGAAAAAAAGGUUAAAGAUGCUUGAGAGUCUUAUUGCCUCACAAAUUCCAGAAACUUUCUUCUGCAACCUUUAGAAUCAGCAAGGUUUUACUUCAAUUCCAGUAAAGCUGGCUUAAAAGCUGACCUUUUACUUCUUAGAAACGUAUUUUUCUUUUAUUACCUUAUCAUGUCAAUUUUGAAAGGAAACUUGUCCUUUCCAGGACUCUUAUUUAUAUUUCUAUGUGACUUUUUAGUAUAAUGAAUUCAUUUUUUAAAAGCAAUGUUGUUGUUAAAAUUAGCACUCGUUCUUUCUUCUGAUUAAGAUUCAUAAUGCAUGUGAAUCUGGCUAUUUAAAUAAAUAUUUUAAUUUGCUGAAGAUAGGGCUGUGAGUAAGUAUUAAGUAGUCAUUUGGGUCAAGGCUGAACUCUAUAGCGUUUCUAUUUCCUGCACGUUGGGGAUGAAAAAGACCUAUUUAGAAAACUUUCUUGUCUUAGGUACAAGAAAUGUCCCUCUGUUAAGCCAAAAUUUGUUACUGACUCAGGGUUAAAAAGAAAAGUCAUGCCAGUCCAAACCAAAAUUGCAAAAUAAACGUACUUAAAAAUAAUCCCCUUUCUGGCAUUGAUUUGUGGUGUGUUAAAUGGGAAGCAGGAUGGUUUCUUCGGGUAAAACACAGGGUGACCCCGAAUUCCUGCUGGAAGGGCUGGAUGUGGGAUCCUCCCGGAUUGUCUGGAACUGAUGGCCGUCGCAGCCUUCAUCGCACCUUCACACCUGCCGGGCCCGCGCACGGACAUUCCCAUCCGCUGCUGGCAACGAGCAGCCGCCGUGCUCGUCUGCUGGGGGGAGCACCCCAAAAAGCCGGGGGGGGGGGGGGGGUGUGCCGCUGCUCGAGCUGCACCCCAGAACCGCCCAAGUCGGGGGCGAAGGGGAGCGGGAAGGCGGGAGAAGCAGAUUGGGGUGGCACGACGGCGGGAGCUGCCCGGCCCGCGGCCGCGGGCACGGCGGGCCUGGCCGUGGAUCGGCGGGGCGAGGCCCCUGCCCUUCCCUGCGGGGACCCCCGGCAGCCGUGCGGGCCGCAGCCCGCCGAUCCCCGCUCUCCUCAGCGGCGGCGGCGAGCCCCGCGGAGCCGAGGCGGAGAUUAAAACCGCCGAGGUGGGGACGGAAAACGCCGCCAACUUCCUCCGGGGAGGGCCCGGCCCCGGGGCGGUGCGCUCCCCGCGGGGAGCCGGCCCUGCGCACGGCGGGGGGCGGCGGCGAUGCGGGCCGCCUGGGUGCUGCUGCCGGCGCUGGCCGCCCUCUCCGCUUACUACGUGUACCUGCCGCUGCCCGGCACCGUGUCGGACCCCUGGAAGCUGAUGCUGCUGGAUGCCACCUUCCGGGCAGUGCAGCAGACGUGUCACCUGAUUCACUAUCUGAGACUCAGCCAUCACUUGAUAGUUCUGAAUUAUUUGAUUUGUACUUUUGAUAAGCUGAAGUCUGUCUCCUCUGAAGACAUUAACAUCACGGAUGCUGUUUUUGACGGUGUGGAAGUCAGAGUAUUUGAACCUCCUGCGAAGCGAGAUGAAAGGCUCAAGCGCAGCGUUGUUUACAUCCACGGAGGGGGCUGGGCCUUGGCAAGUGCAAGAACAAGCCUUUAUAACAAUCUCUGCAGAAUCAUGGCUGAAUCUCUCAAUGCUGUAGUUGUCUCAGUUGAAUACAGGCUGGUACCAGAGGUGUGCUUCCCUGAGCAAUUCCAUGAUGCUCUUCGUGCUGCUAAGCAUUUUCUGCAGCCUGAUGUCUUAGCUGAGUAUUCAGUUGACCCAAGUCGAAUUGCAAUUUCUGGCGAUAGCGCAGGAGGAAAUUUGGCAGCUGCUGUGUGUCAGCAGCUUAGCAAAGAUGAGCAUUUGACCAUCAGACCAAAACUGCAGGCCUUAAUUUAUCCAGUCCUUCAGGCAUUUGACUUCAAUACACCUUCCUAUCAGCAGAACAUGAAUAUGCCUGUCCUUCCUCGUUAUGUCAUGAUCAACUAUUGGAUAGAUUAUUUCAAUGGUAAUUAUGACUUGGCUCACUCGCUGCUGAUUAACAACCACACUGCUCUUGACGUUGGCCAAGCUCUCUCUUUCAGAGGACGUCUGAACUGGACAUCUCUACUGCCUUCAUCGUUCAAAAAGAACUACAAGCCUGUAAUACAAACCACAGGCAAGGCUGAAAUCAUCCAGGAGAUACCAGCGCUGCUUGAUGUACGAGCAGUCCCACUCCUUGCAGAAAAUGAAACUCUUCAGCUGCAGCCAAAGACUUACAUCCUAACCUGUGAGAAUGACGUCCUGCGAGAUGACGGGGUGAUGUACGCCAAGCGCUUGGAGAACGCCGGCGUGGAAGUCACGCUCGAUCACUUCGAUGAUUGCUUUCAUGGUUGUAUGAUAUUCACCAUUUGGCCUACUGAUUUCUCUGCAGGGAUUCAGACCAGGAACAGCUAUAUAAAAUGGCUGGAUGAAAACCUGUAAAGAGAGGGUCUCUCUAGAAGAUGCAGGGUGAGCAACACUGAUCUGCUCUUGCUAAAGAGCAAACAAUGAAAAAGUGCACUUUUCCAAAUUCUGACUUUGUCUUUUCAGCUGCAGCUGCUGGGGGUUACAGACCACUAACUACAGCAUUCACUAGCUCGAAUGGCCUUGCCCAGCAAAGUAUUUUGAGAAAUACUUUUUCAAACUUUGAUUUUUUUUUUCCACCUUCUUUAAGAUGACUAUUGCCAAGUAUUUACAAUGUUGAGCAGGGAGAUCAGCAUUCCUGUAGCAUUCUUAACUGACUGCAGCUUUCAGGCUUUGAUUUAAUUAGGCACAAAGGCCCCAGUUUUCAAAUGAUGUGAGGUAAAGCCAAACACCUACAUCUACAUCUGAAUAUAUAAAAAUGGGAGCUCGGUUUCAACAGUGGAGCACUUGAUGUCAAAGAAAGUGUGAGCACUCUCAUCUUUGACAGCAGAGCCAUGCAUGUGAAUGUUAAGCAUGGAUUUUGGUGUUGGCUUUCAGGCACGUAGACAAAUGGCUCAUUUAAACUACAAAAAAAAAAAAAAAAAAAAAGGCAAACUCUUCUAGGCAAGUUAAGACGAUGUUAGACAAGCCUCUUAGUCAAACGUGUAAUUCAGCUUUGAAAUUUGGUCUUUAUUGCCUUUCAGUUAUUUAUAUUUUAUAAAAGGACAGGUCUAAAUAUACUUUCAAUAAAAAGUAUUAUAGCAUACAUACAAAUAUGUGGGAUAAAAUACUGUGUGUAGGAGCAGAAUCCAGGUUGCUUAUGUGACCAGACUUCAAAGCUGACUACUUACUUGGCUAAAGAAUGUGACUUUACCUGAAUUUAAAUCCUCAGUUUUAUGACCCCCUUGCAGAAAACACUGAGUUUACUAAAAAUAAUCUGCUGUGUGGUUUGCACUAAUGUUUGUAAGUAAUAGUAGAAGUUUUUGUUCUCUGACUUUUCUUUUGUGCUUGUAGUGUUUAUUAUAUUUCAUGCUUCCUGGAAGGAGGGAGGCAAGCAAACAGAAGUGGGCUCUAAUCUGUACAGAAGAUUUAAAUCUGAACUUUGCAGCUAAACUUUGUCUUGUAGACUGAUGCAAAACACUAGGUAAGAUGAUCUCACUGUUGUGCUACAACAGGAAAAAAAGUUUGAGCCAGUCUGUAAAAUUCAGACAAGCAGGACAGGGAAGCAAAGCCACUUGUGACAGUGUAUAUUGUCAAGGCUGCUUAUGGCUUGCAGAAAUGAACGUUGUGUCAAAAGCCCAGUGUUUCUAGGCAAAGAUGAGAGAAUGACUGACCCAUGACCGAACUAGUGGAUUAAAUUCAUCCUCAGCUUUACCACAGACUUCCUGUGGGAGUCCAGAACAGCUUAGUCUCCUUAGGCCUCACUUUCUUUUUCUGCAAGAGAGCGAGUGGUGAUUACCUACCUCACAAAGGAGCUGUGAAGCUGAAUUCACCGGCGUUGGUGAAGCACAGGGACGUGAUGGGGACUGGCAGGCACUGAACAGCUCCCGUAGCUUUCGACUUUCCAUCCUUCUCUCCGAGGUGGCUCCGAGCAGCGUGCCCCAUGACGCGUGGUGCUGCUCGGCUGCGUCCUGCACAGCUCGCUCAUCUCUGUCCUGGCUCCUGUCAGAGCACCACAAGGUGAGGCUUCUUGGCCGCUGGGAGAUCAUGACAAAGGUGAUUUCAUUAGAGCGUUUCUUAUGGCAGGAUUCUGAAAAGUUCUUUUAAAAAAAAAAAAAAAAAAAGGUACUGGUAGAUCAAACUGCUUUCUGUCAUUUAAAAUAUAUACAGGCCAGGCCACUUUCACUGGUGUUUAAAUUAAAUAAGAGAAUGGCUUUGCUGAAUCAUUGCUUCCUAGAAACAUCAGGUUGUUAAUGUGGUUGUAUGUAUUAAGAAAAGUUAUCAAUGAGACAAGGCCUCAAUGUAGGCUCAGUCAUGCAGGCUGAAACUAAUUUCUGGGCAUUGGUUCACACAGAGGUCACAAGCCAAAGCUUUUUCAACAGUGGUCAGAUUGUUAUUCCAUUUAGAUCAUUACAAAGACUCAGUGGAAUUAGAGCUGAUGAGUGACAAUCUGAAUCAGGAUAAAUUUUGGUCAAGAUAUUCAAUUAACACUGCAGAAGAAUUAAAACUUUUUUUCUGGAUUUCAACACCGUUUCCUCCUUUCCCCCAUAAACACAACUUCAGUACAUAUAAUUUAGAUUUAAAACAGGCAGCUCCAAAGUUAUGUCCAUUCUAAAGACAAAUUACUAAUCUUGAAGGUCUGCUCCAGUGUCCUUUCCACUCUAUGGAGACAGCUCCAUUUACUUGACUUUAGACCAUGACUUAGAGAAUCGAAAAAUAUCAUUACACUGAGUUGUGACAACAGGCUUCUUCCUGGCUUUCCCACUUAGAGUAAACCCACGACAGAAAAGAUAUAAUUUAUACCCACCUGCCAUUAUUAAAAGAUAGUAGUUACUGUAGUACUGGGAAAAAAAAGUGGUUAAUAUUACUAUAAAUUCUAUAAUAAUUAAGUUUGCCUGAGAGCUGUCUGCAAAGCUUUAUAUCAGCAUCUGUUUAUAGCUAAGUUAUAAAUAGCUGCUGUGAAGCUAUAAUAUAAUUGCUGCUGGUUUUUUUAACUGAAAUGAAAUGGAGAGCUGGAAUAUAUAGUCAUGGAAUUGGCUGUAAAUUUCCUUCACGCACUGAAGCACAUUAAAGUCUUGGCACAAGAAAUGGUAGUAAGUAUAUAACUGGACUGAAUGUGUUUACUAAGACAUCACCAGCUUGAUGCAACAUCCAAGAUAGCAGCACAACUUGGAUGAGAUGUUACAGUAUUAACUAGUUCUGUCAAAAUAUCUUGACUACUUUUAUCAUGCAGCUAUAUGGUUUAAGUACGUGAUAGCUGCAAAGGAUCCUGUGUUCCAGCUAUGAAAAGAACUUUUAGUAUAUAACUGCACAAGACACUUGAUUAAAAUUCAGUGUAAACCUUGAAGUAAGUGUUAGUCCAAACUCAGCUUUCCUUCUACUUUCCUUUGCAUGUAGUUCCUGUGCCCAAAGUUGAAAGUUCUGGGUUGUUUCCAGCUGAUCUGCUGCAAACUCCCAGGAGCAGAGCACUAACUCAGCUGAGAGCUCAACCCAGGCCAGCAGGCAUGGUUACAGGAAGCUGAUGCCUGCUAGCAAGGGAUUAAGAUUAAUGCAUGUUACAACACCUCGAUUUGUUCAUGUGUUUAGUCCGAAAGUGUCUCCUUCAGUCUCCUGAAGUGUUUCCUCAGGCGUACCUACCGCCUUCAUUCCUUGGCUAUUUCACAAAGCAGUUUAGGGCACUUUGCACACUGUAGGAUCAGAUCAAGUAUUUGUAACAAUAUUUCACCUGUGCAUAAUAAAAAGCCAGUAUUCUAAAAGAAGAUACUCCAUAAAUUCAUCUAUUUAUCUUUAGCUACUUUUUGUAGAUAGCUUUUUUUUUUUCCCCCCCUUCUACAAUUAGACUUUAUCUAUCCAUUGCAGGAAUACCUCAUUCCUGAUGAUGGUCAAAGCAUUCAAAUGUAAGCUUUUUAAAACAACAACAACAACAAAAAAACCAAACCCAAACAAACAAAAAAAAAAACCACCCAAAACUCACAUCACAGAACCUAUAGCCAUUUGUAUCCUACUUUCAUAGACCUGUGAACUAUACUAGCAGGUCCCCAGUAUUUUGGCUAAUAUUCACAGGAAUAAAUGGAGGUUUUGUCUCCCUAGUUUAGGAACUCAAAUAAUGGGUGUUUGGCAUUCCUGAAAACCCAGACCCAUUUAAAGAUGUUUCAUGGUGCAUAAAAAUCACACAUAAGAUGAAUUUCCUAACCUUCAUCCAAGUAAUUCCAAAAUUGCUUCCCUAGCCUAAGCAGAAAGGCCAUUGUGGGUUUGAAGCCCUACAAACUAAAAAUAAAUGCUUCAUCUUUAAAAUGUUAUUUUGUAGUGUUUGGGCCUCUAUUUUUUUAAUCUCUUAACAAACUUUAUUAGAAACUUUUUCAAAUAAAAAUACUAGAAGUAGGUUAACCUGUAUUAAAACUUUUAAGCUGCUAAGAUCUGUAACAAUGAUGUUAAAAAAAACAAACCCAGCUGAUUUAAUGUUCUCUUAUUUAUGAUGUUCAAAACCCCAAAAUACAACAUACUUCAUAGGAAUGCAUUCAGUAUCUUAUGCAUGACUGUUUUUUGCUUCAUUUCCCAGUGCAGGGGAAAGAUCUUGUAACAUCUAAUUAGCAAGUGUGCUUGAGAUGUGCUAUCAAAAUGAAGAACAAAUAAAUAAAGUGAAAUAUA